AUGUCGGACGACGGCUGCGGCGCGAUGAUGACGAAGACGUCGUUGCACUAUUUGAUCGCCGAUCUCUAUGAGAUACAACCGACGACAUGGUGGCUCUAUUCGGUGGUAGCAGCGUCAGAGGCGGCUUCCUCACAACUUCGUCAGGAAAGCGUUACCAUGCGGAUACGUGAAGUGACGUGGACGCCGAUGCCGUGCCGGUGCCAACGUUUGAUGUCAUGCGAUUACACUCAUCUUGGUACCCUAAUUGAGUUUCGCUCGGCGUGUCCUAUCUCCGAAGGCGCUUGA